AAUUGUUUAAAUUUUUUGACAUCCACUCAAGCACAUUUCGAUUACAAGAAUUAAGAAAUAAUGCAAGCCAGCUGCAUCUGAAAACAAUUAGAAGCACUAAGUAUCCAAACGGUUAAUAUCAUUCCGAAAUUAUUACUUAACUAUCUGUAAUAAAUAUAGGAUAAUUAAUGAUUUUCAAUACAAACUUUUCUAAUGGCGAAUUGGACAAAAAACCAACCCAAUGGCUCAGCAACUAGAAGGAAAUGGAAUAUUGAUAAUCGCACUUCAUUAAACAAUUUAAAAUAUCACAUAGCUUCCGAAGGUUGCUCUGACGUACAGUAUGAUCUCGCAAAAGAACUGUUGCAGAAUGCAAUUGAUAAAAGCGAUGGCAAUUAUUGUGAGGAAGCAGUGCAUUGGCUUAUGCGUGCGGCGCAAGAAGGACACGAAGAAGCAGCGAAAUUAUUGCAAAAAUGUUAUGACGAUGACUGCGGUAUUACCAGUGAAAAUGAGGACAAAGUUCGUUCGUGUUUGUCCAUGACACCCGGAGAGCGAGCGGCACGCAAAGCUGCCAGGGAACUUUUUGCUUGUUUAUCUAAUGGAAAUGAACAUAUUACUCCAAAGCAGUUGGAGCGCAAAAUGCGCCAAAUUUACAAAUUACAGAAAAAACGUCGUCGCCGCGGUUAUUCUACUUCCACAUCCGAUGAAGAUAGCGAUCAUGAUAAAUCAACUGACAGAUUAGAACAUACAAAAGCUGUUAAAAAUGGUGAAGCGAAACUUCAUACGAGCAAUCGCUUUCGUCAUAUAAGUUUUGACGGUGGUGUUGAUGUCGAACCGCAACAUGUUAUCACAGAAGAGAACUUGGUAUCAGCAGCAGUUAACUACUCUGCAGGUCGUUUACCAACAGUUAGUGAUGCCUUAACGCUUUCUGUACCCCACCCAGCAACACUGGACCACGUACCUUGUUUUCAUCGUUUGCUUUUCCAUCCAAUCAUUUUUUUUACACUACUUUAUCAUCGACUUAUUAAUUCCAUCUCGACGCUGCCUUUCUCUGUACCUGGAAAUGUUCGUAUCCUGCUGUUAUUCCUCAUCUACUCUCUGCUAUCGAGCGACAAUGCCUACGCUUUGCCAACAUGCAUUUAUUACAUCUGCAUAGGUGUUAUGAUGUGGUCAACAUGUAAAAUGCUUAAAAGCAAACAAGAUUUUGUUGAUUUUCGGAUUUGGUCGGGCCUAUUUUUGAGCUAUGGAAAUCACAACAUCGAAGCGGAUAUAUCUGAAAAUCGAUUCCUGAAGAACAAUAUGAAGCCCUAUGUCUACUUCUUUUGUGGAUUUAUAUGCAGCAUGAUUGUUUACCCACUUGUGCCAACUGGUUGGAUACCACAUUCUGAACUCACCAUUAUAUCUGGAAUUUUUGUAUUUGUUUCCUUGUUGGCGUUCAUGUAUUGCUCAUCUACAUACUUUCCCGAUUGGAUUACACUUAUAUCAUUUGGAAUAAACGUGCUUGCAAAAUAUCCUUAUGAAAUGGAUGAAGUGGUAACAACAGGUUGGAGGUUCUUAGAUCUCAAAGUGCCAAAUUUUAGUUCCUUUGUAAUUGGCAAUGGCAUCGAGUUUUGUUUAAAUUGCCGCACAGCUUUGUAUUUGCUGAUUCCAGGAUUUCUAACACAAUUAGCAAAGAGAUCGCAUUGGAAUGGGGUAUUUUCGUAUCUGAUACCACACUGUGUCACUCUUUGUUGGUUGCAUAUGUGCAUAUCUUCCUCCCAAAGUGCCACUAUGUUUGGUGUAAUGCGUGCAACACUUGGUCUAGCUGGCAUUUUACUCUUCUUGCCGCUAUUUGGAAUUGUGUCACUCUUGAUUCCAGUAUUUGUGGCAAUUGAUUAUGUAGGAGUAACCAAUGCAAAUAUACGAUUCGGAAGUACCGUGUUAUGUGGUGUUGUUGCUGUACUUGGCUCUUGUUUUAUGGCUCUUAACCGAACUACACAAAAAUAUGUCACAAUGCUCCAAGUGCUAGUGUGCUUAGUGGCAGCUUGUGUGCUUACAUAUCCGUAUAUGACAUCAAAUUUCAAGGAUGAAUCACGUUUUGGUGAUAUUGAGUCGUUAAGUAAACCCACCAUGCCGUUUGAUGCUAAUGACUUGAGCUGGCAAAGAUUUUUCAAAAUAUGUGAUCAAUCUGCAUUGGGACCACAAAAUAGAAUAAAAAAACAAUUACGUUGCGCCACACUUGAUGGCAUCAAAGUUACAUGGGUUGGUACUGUUUCACAAGUACAAAUUAGUCGCGCAUCAAACAAAUAUGAAAAAUUUAUAUCUAAGUAUUUACCCAACUGGCUUGGAAAUUUACUACGUUGUUCGUUUGGUACACGACUCAGCAGCGAAAUCGAUUGUGAUUUUGAAAAUGAUCCGCUUUGCAGUGAUUUGCUGAGCAUACUCAAAAGUAACCAAUUGGAUGCAAAAUGUACUUUAAACAAAUAUAAUGUAUAUGAAUAUGAAGUACUUGUUAAGAUGUCGUUUGGUUUAUUAAGCAAGGAAGCUGACGUUGUUCUGCAGGCAAAUUAUAAAUUCAACAAUUUUACACAGGCUCUUACAGUUGGUGACCGUAUACAUUUCCAUGGUACACUCUUAAACAGUCGCAUCCUACCUACUGGCUUAAUAAUUAGUCACAUGCUUGGUUCCACGUUGCCUCAUGUACAACUUAUAGCAAUUGAAUGCAUUAUUUGUAAAGACAAGGAUCUACAGGCAAUAAGCAUAGCAGAGCAAACAAAAUCACCUGUUGAUGCGCGCAGGCAAGAUCUCAUGCGUGGAAUCAAAUAUUUACUCAAUACACUCCUUAACCCGCUCAUAACCAUCAAUUUACUUAAUGAAGCGGGAAAACGCUACUCUAUUAUUAAGGAUAUUGUUCAAUAUGCAAGAAUGCGAAUAUUUGUAAGAAUUUGAAUUAAUGCAAAAAUUAAAUUACUGGUUGUUGAAUAAUGUUUGGAAAUAUGAAAACCAUAGGACUUAGAUAUGUAAUGAAAAAGCCUUAUGAAGAUUUAUCAUAUUAAGUUUUUUAAUUUCUUAAUUUUUAUUU